UCUGUCCUCCCCGUGACCAGGAAGUGGUGUUGGGUUGUUUGUGAAGUGCUCGGUUGCCUCGGAGACAUCAGCCGAAGUGUUUCAGGAGCAGCAGCAGAUCUAUGGAUAUCCACUCGGCCCUGCAGCGAGUCAAGAGGAAGAUCUUUAACCUGCAGCAGCAGCUGAAUGAAAACUCUGUGGAGAACCCAGAUGUGACCAGUUUGUCUGCAUGGAGCCCCAGCAAGGAACUCAAGGAGUCUCUGGUGGACAUGUACAGAGCUAAUCCCAGAGUGAACGCAGAGCUAAGGCAGCGUCUGCCCUCACCUUCACAACAGGACCUCAGUGACAGAACCAGAACCAGUCUAAGCCCAGAACACCACAGCUGGCUUCAAGUCCUCCAGGAGUGUCCGGUCUCCAGCUCACCUUCUCCAGUCUUCCACCGGCGGUCUUUGUCUCCGGUGUCCCCUGCYUCCAACAGGAGCCCCGUGACUCCUCUGUCCUCCAGGUUUCCUCCACGAGGUUCAGAGAUGGAGGCAGACCUUCCCGCUAGCAGAGAGCCCUCUCCCUGGGCAGAAAGCUGCAGGGACUCCCCAGACGAAGGUGAAGCCUCUGGAGGUCUGAGUAGUCCCGCUCCUAGAGGACGCCAGGUCCCUCCUGAGGACAGCGGCGGUGGAGGAGGUGCUGGCGGCUCAGAAGGACCGAGACCGGGCUCUGAUGUCACGACUCCUGCUGGCCAAUGAGGAGCGAGACGAGGCCGUGCUGCGCGCCCGCCGACUCCAGGAAGCAGCCGAGUUGGAGGCUGUAGACCUGCAGGACACUGAUGUGGAUGUAGACGAGCUGCUUCGGAGCGUUUGCGAAGCCGACGAUGUCCAGGACYUCCGGCGGUUCGGAGCGCUCCUCAUCCAGCACCUGCGGCGGGCGCAGCAGCGACGAAGUGACAUCACGGCUCAGGAGAUGAAGGCCGUGAUGGAGGACCGAGACAGAUCUGUUGUUAGGUGGAAACGACUAGAAGAGGACUUACUCCACCUGAAACACCAGAGGAUGACCCAGGAAGAGAAGCUGCAGAGAGAAAGACGUGGAGCUCUGCAGGACCGGCGGGAGCUGGAGGCGGAGAUUCAGGAGCUGAGAGUCGAUCGCAGCUCUCAGGUCCUCACUCCUGACGAACCCGCCUCGCCGCCGCCUCCUGACGGCGUUUCUCCUCAGAAGCCGACCUCUCAGACCCGGACCCUCCAGGUCCGCCUGCAGCAGCUGUCCAAGGAGAAGCAGUCUGUGGAAGACCAGCUGCGACGGAGCCGGGAGGCGGAACAAGAAGCCACAGAGAACGUCCGCAGGUUGGAGCGUCUGGUCGAAGUGUUGAGGAAGAAAGUUGGAACAGGAAGUCUUCGUGUUAUUUAAUCUGUUUUUAUUUUUCUGUUAGUCCUGUUUUUACCUGAACUGUCACAAAAUAAGUAUUUGGUACAAAGGUACAGUAUUUUUUUUCUUGAAUUUAUUUAAUGUUUUUAGUUUUGGACAUUCAGAAAGUGUUGAACCGGUUUCUGUAAAAUAAAAUAAACUUUGAGUAAACAUGUCUUUAAAGAUUGCAAAGGWUUAAUAUCCAGAUGAUCCAUUUUCUUCUUUAUGUUGUCUUUUAUCUUGUUCUGCAAUUUUUGUUCUAUUUUAACAAUUCAUGUAMGAAAACGUUCAGCUCCUUUAGGAAUUUAUACUUUUUGAGAUAUUUAGUCUUUUUCAACAAUUUURGUUCUCAUUGAAAAUGAAUUGAGCUGUUUUAAACAUCUUUAAACAUGUAAACAUUUUACCUUUUGUUCUGGUUUUGUU